AUGCCAAAAUUUGCCCUGAUUUUCUUGUUGGUAUUAUCCAUCCUGUCAUUGGCCAAUGCUGGUCCUGUCACGUAUACUCUAUGCCAAUCAACGUGUAAUUCAGGGUGGGUAGCAUGUUACGCUGCUUCAGGAAUUAUAGGUACCAUCUGUAUACCAGGACUUGGCUCUCCUUCAGUUGUAGCAUUAUGUUACAUUGCUCAUAGUGCGUGUAUGGCAACUUGCGCUGCUUCUGCAUUAACACCUGCACCUUA